UUUUUUUUUUCUUCUUUUUUCUUUUUUUCUGCUGGAGUGCUGACGCGUACAGCGGCUGGGUGCUGAGCCCCUGAAGCGCCGUGGAUUGUUUGGCGUCCCCUCAUCCUGCACCAUGUUCCUUCGCCUCCUAGUUGUGGCGGCCUCGGUCCUCCAGGCAGACUGCUACUUUUCCGAGGAGAAGUAUCCGGAGGAGUCGAAUAUGCAGCCCCCCACCGUGGUGAUCGCUAUCAUAGCCAGAAACGCUGCUCAUUCCCUGCCGUACCACCUCGGAGCUCUGGAGAGGCUCAACUACCCCAAAGAUCGCAUCUCUGUGUGGGCUGCCACGGACCACAACUCCGAUAACACCACAGCCAUACUGAAAGAGUGGCUUACUGUCAUGCAGAAAUUUUACCAUUAUGUUGAGUGGAGACCGAUGGACAAGCCCACGUCCUAUGCAGGAGAGCUGGGUCCUAAGCAUUGGCCCAACAGCAGAUAUGAGUAUGUGAUGAAGCUGAAGCAGGCGGCACUGAACUUCGCCAGGAAACGCUGGGCGGACUACAUCCUGUAUGCCGACACAGACAAUAUCCUCACCAACCCAGACACCCUCAGCCUGCUGAUCGCAGAGAAUAAGUCCGUCAUCGCUCCCAUGUUAGACUCUCAGGGAGCCUACUCCAACUACUGGUGCGGAAUCACUCCGCAGGGAUAUUACCGUCGAACAGCAGAGUAUUUCCCCACCCGUCACCGUCACAGACUGGGCUGCUUCCCAGUUCCCAUGGUCCACUCCACCAUGCUGCUGGAUUUAAGGAAGGAGGGCAUGAAGAAGCUGGCCUUCUACCCUCCUCAUGAGGACUACUCGUGGCCCUAUGACGACAUCAUCGUGUUCGCCUUCUCCUGUCGGUCUGCAGAAGUACAGAUGUACCUGUGCAACAAGAAGCGCUACGGCUACCUAAAUGUCCCGGCCAAACCCCACCACACCUUGGAAGAUGAUCGCCUCAACUUUGUUCAUGUCCACCUUGAGUCAAUGAUUGAUGGUCCUCCCAUGUCCCCCUCUCGCUUCGUCCACAUGUUCCCCAAACAGAGAGACCUCAUGGGCUUUGACGAGAUAUAUCUGAUAAAUCUGCGGCGACGCCUUGACCGCAGAGACCGAAUGUUGUUCUCUCUGAAUGAGCUGGAGAUUGAUGUCAAGGUGGUAGAUGCUGUGGAUGGAAAUGCACUGAACAGCAGUGACAUUAAGAUCCUGGGUGUUAACCUGCUACCAGGCUACUACGAUCCGUUCUCUGGACGCACCCUGACUAAAGGAGAGGUGGGCUGCUUCCUCAGCCACUACUACAUCUGGAAGGAGAUGGUGGACGUGCAGAUGGAUAAAGCACUUGUCUUUGAAGACGACGUUCGUUUCCAGUCCAACUUCAAACGACGAGUCCUCAGGCUGAUGGAGGAGGUGGAGCAGGUGGAGCUGGAUUGGGACAUCAUAUAUUUCGGCAGGAAGCAGGUCAAUCCUGGAAAAGAGGAGGCAGUGGAAAACGUUCAUAACUUGGUGAUGGCAGACUACUCGUAUUGGACUCUGUCUUAUGCCAUAUCCCUGCAGGGAGCCCAAAAACUGCUCAAUGCUGAACCGAUUUCCAAGAUGUUGCCUGUCGAUGAGUUCCUCCCCAUCAUGUAUGACAAACAUCCCAAUGAGGACUACAAGUCCCAUUUCCCCAACAGAAACUUACAAGCCUUCAGUACACGCCCUCUCCUGGUCCAGCCGUGUCACUACGCCGGUGAUCCCCAGUGGGUGAGCGACACGGAGACAUCCACUCUGUGGGACAACGACUCUGUGCGCACCGAUUGGAGGGGCUCCCACAAGACCCUGAAAGGGGCUGCGCCGCCGCCCGAGAUGCUGUCGGCUACCUACAAGGAUGAACUUUAGUGCAGAGCUGACGUAGCUGUGGAGAAGCCGCAGGUCAAAAGGCCACGAGGUCAGAGAGACAGAUGCGGAGAAGAGGAACUGCUCUCAGACUUUGUUUUAGUCCAAUCUGUGCCACACCGCUGACAUGCUCAGUGUCAUUUAACCUGGGCUUUGGUUUUUUCAAAUCAUGUUAGCAAGUGUAUGGCACAAGAUGAUUUUUUUUGGGAAACAAUAUAAGGGACAGUAUUUGUUGAGACUGUUUGUAGACAUGUAAAACAAUUGGUGUUUUAUUUCUUGUAUGCAUUUUAGCAAUCCAGAUGCUUGAACUUGCACAACUCAUUUUUCUUGAACAAUCCACCCAUGAGUUUUGUUGUCUUUAUUCAGACAUUGUUAACAUUCUCAGAGUUUGUGUGGAUGAUGUCAAGAGCAUUUUUUUUUGAAUGUAUGCUUGUAAUUGUGCGUGUACUUCCGAUGAUCGCAUGUUUAUAAUAUUAUUUACGGGGCUUUUAAAAGGAAAGCGGAGAGGCAGCUUUACAAGGACUUUCUGUUGAUCACAGACUGAGGGUCCAGUGGCUGCACUGUUCACAACUGCUGGCAAGUCUGGAAAAGUCUAAUACUGCUAUUGAUAUUUUUUUUUUUUUUCCAUGAUGGUGGGAUCACCAUCAGUCUGUCUCUCCAUUUCUCUAUUUUUGCAUCUUCCAUUGGGACUGUUAAGAGAUACACUCGUAACCAACACAAAGCCAGACUGACCCUGAUUAAUAUUUCUCUUGGCUUCAUGAACAUAUAUGUUAAUGUACCUCAUGGUUUCUAGGCACAAUAUGAGACGGUUAUGGUACCAGAUUAUAUCCAGGAAAUUUUUUGUUAGUGGGACUAACAAUUUAAGCUUCUUUAAAAUGUUUUUUUUU